GGCGACAGCGGGAAAUGGCGGCGCCGCGCGGCAGCGGCCCCGUCUGCUACCCAAGCCUCUUCAGUGCGCUCGGCCGGGCCUGCCCCAAAACUGCGUUUUAAUGUUAAGAAAAUAAUGAUGUUAAAGCUGCCUGAAGUUAGUUUCUGCACCAUGUGAGGGGGAAAAAAAAGGUACCAAGCCCUGGCGGAUACCUACUUGCACGCAAGCCCGUGCAAAGUAAAGUUUGUCAGGUGUUCCUGCAUGCUCCCGAAGUGCACGAGCAGGGACUGCUUAGUCCCUCGGAGCGAGGCUGCUUGCUCUGCUGUGCCUGAGCUAGAGGGAGGUUCACCGAUCUCCCACCCCACGCUUACUCCAUUGGUUUUCCUGUGCAAGCUGUCAUUUGGAGGUACACGUUAAAAUCUCUCUCUGUUUUCAUGGGAUUUUUAAACCCAGUAAUCCUCACAGCACAGUGCUGCCAGAACGUCCACUGUGAAAUCAUGGGUUGUAUAUCUCCACACUACCACUGCCCAUGGUAAAGGCUGCUGCGAGGCCUUAAUGCACUGCAGACCAGUAAAAUUAGUAUGGCUCUGGUACCGCAUGCAAGCGAAUAAAUCUAGAAGGGGGAGCAUCAGCAGCAAGCAUGUGACGGAGACGCUGGAGCGAUUCCAUGUGCAACCAACACCAACCUGGCAAGCCCAGCACUGAGCUAGAGCUAAUAAACCCCAUCAAACCCAAGCUGUGACUGCAUCUGCGGCACAAUUCAUCUGUGACACGAACAAUCUGCCUGCAGAUAGCUGUGAGCUGACUAUAUGUACAGACUUAACAGCUCGCAGUAAUUAGUACUUACAGCUCAAAAAAAAAAAAAAUCAGCAAUAUUUGGCAACAAAUAGCAAAUAUCAUUACAACUCACAAGUGUGAAGUUCAUGCGUCAAUAAUUUUGAGGCAGAUAGCAAAGUCAUGGUAUUGUACAUGUGCAUUUUGAUUUUGUAAUUUAAUUUUGAUCUCCCUAUUAUUAUAAUCUGUUGUGAUAGACAAUUAACAUAAAUUAUGUUACCAUAGCACACUGAAGUCUCAUUCAUAGACACCGUUGCUCCGAGUUAUAGAAAAACAGAGAACAAAAGGCAACACCACAAUGUGUUAACAGGCAACUAUGAGGCACAAGAGGAUACAGUAUGAGAAGCUGAUCCAAAUGGUCAAAAUGUCAGGAGAUCUUUGCACCAGCACUGCUUAGAUACUGUCAGUUUUCAUAGGCAUCAGCAAAACAGUCCAUUAGGGAGAAAACAUGAUGAUAGUGAGAGUGAUUUACUUGGUGAUAAUGGCUAAGUUUGUGUCAUUGAUAACAUGGAACUCACACCAAGCAUGAAGAACAGCACUGGAGAAAGCAAAAUGUAUUCGAAAAAGAUAGUAGGUGAAUAUAAGAGUGCUGGUGUAAGAUUGGUACAUAAGAAAAAUAGGAAUGGAAGGAAAAGUGUGAAAAGCCUUCAAAAAGAAAAGAAGUAGCUAAGUUUUCAUAUAACUGCAGAGAGGACCACUGUGAAGAGAUGAGCUGUUUGCAGCAACCCAAAAUGAUACAUUUAGGGGUCUCUGUGAGGACACUUACCCUCACAACACACUUCUGUCUUUCGUUUAUAUAUUAAGUACUAUGUAUCUAACAUAUCAUCUGUGUUUGCCCUACGGAAGUCAUUUCAAUCCAAGAGCAGUUGUGUUAGGGCAACAAUUCCUGUUUCUCCUUUUGCUCUGUGGUCUGCAGUCUACAUGGGGUAGCUUCAGAAGUCUUUCCUCCUAAUAGAGAGGGUAAGAGACUGUAGAGAGGAGCACACUUGCUCACUUGCUACCUAUGACAAAAAAAAAAAAAGUACUACAAUUUCUACUUUCCACUAUUCUGAGAAAGGUGUCAUCUUCUAGAAAAAGGAGAGGAAAAAAAAAAGAUUAAAAAGAAAGACAGAAAAAUCAAUCUCCUGUAAUCUUCCUGACCUGCUGCAGAACCCCAGCGUGAGGCAUGAUUAGUGGGCAUGGUGGGGAUAGGUUGGGGUUGGACAAUCUUGGAGAUCUUUUCCAACCUCAAUAAUUCUAUGAUUCUGUGAUGCUAACAUAGAUGGCAGCCAGUUAAUAGAGGUUUAUUCACGUGCCCAAUUGACAUUCAUACUUGAUGCCUUUUUAAGACUGUCUCAAGGCUUUUCUGAAAUCUUCUCACUUGCCAAACAGCUACAAGCACUGGCAAUGUUUCAGUUAUGUUAGUUGUUGGGCACAGAGCACGUCCCCUUUCUAGGAGCUCAGGUGACUAAGUUAGAGCUUAGCUGGCUGAGGUCAGCUCCCCUGCUAAUAAGAGCUGUUAAGAAGAAAGCUAGAAGUGAGGGCCUCCAUCUCCUUUCCCUUGCAGAUUUCUGCAGACUCUAGAACCAGGAUGAAAAUUCUUCCCUCACUUAGGGCUCGUUAGGACUGCUGUGUCGCUUCUGCUAUUCUUGGCUGCUAGGCUGGCUCCUGAGGCCAGAGAAGCUAAGCAUACAGAUGGUCCACAUGCAUAUGUUAUAAUUACUAUGGUUAUUGCUAGGCUACAAGGCCUAUACGUGAACUAAAAUCCUGUUGAGCUAGGCUCAGUAUGCAUUUGCAUUAACAGAAUACAGACUUAUGGGCAUCUAAAUAUAAGACAGGAGAUGACAGAGAGACAAACACAGAUGGAGAAGCAUCACUUUGCUUAGUGUUACAGCCAGUGGUCUCAGUACACCAGCAAGCUUACUGUUAUCAAAUCUCACCACAAGAGGUGAUCAUUACAGAGUGUUUGAAGAAGAAAUAUGGUAUACCUUUGUGGAUACUUAGAAGGCACUGGAUAUCAAAAGUGAAGGAAAAAAUAAAAAAUAAAAUAAAAUAUAAAGUAAAAAGACAGUGGAAAAUAUUGAGAUUAUUUUCUGAAAAUUCAGCAAGUGGCUAUAAAACGUUAAUAUAUUCAGCUGAUAUUCAUCUAUUCAGGAGCAUGCUACUUGGCACUAGAAUAGAUGACAAUGUGUGAAAAGUACAGGCUGGAAAGCUUGCAGUUAAUGUAAGACAUUUGCAAAGACCAAAGAAAACAAUGUUCCAAGAGCUAGGAUGAAAGAGGAGUGGUAUGAAUGGAUAGGAAGGACUACAAAAUAGAGAUCUUGUAGAGAGAGAAUCCUGAAGACUUAAGCUGGACUUUAAUAGAUGACCUAUAUGAUAAUUUUAGCUGAACCCAUAUCAGUUACAAAAGAAAAAAAAAAGAUCAUCUUACCUAUUUCUUUACUGACUAAAUGGCUGAUAAAUUUAAACAUCCUCUUCUAUUUCUGACUUAAAAACCCAACAACUAUUUGAUUAUUCCAAAAUUACACAGCCUAGAAAGAUUAAGCAUGAAACAAAUGAUUAACAUCAUCAGAUGUGAUGGAAUAAUUAAAAACCAGCAGAGAUCUGUGAAAGAAGCUGAUUGCUGGAUUCAGGCAUGCACGCUCAGAGACAAGAAAGCAGCAGUGAAAAGUUACACCACAUUAGAGAGACUAUAGGAAGUUGUCUCCAAAACACAUUUUCAAAUACAGAAAGCAAUAUGAAAGAGUGCUACGAUUCUGAUGACAACUGAUCAAGAAAAAGAAUGGAAGUAAAUCUAUUCAGCAAUUCUACUGUUACAAACAGUUCGUCCAUCAACCAUAAGCAGCUAGAAGGGCAUAGCCUCUGGGAAGUUAUUACUAUUGCCACUGUCACUGCCAUUGUAAGCUUAAUAACCAUAGUGGGCAAUGUUCUUGUAAUGAUAUCCUUCAAGGUUAACAGUCAGCUCAAAACUGUUAACAAUUAUUACUUGCUCAGUCUUGCCUGUGCAGACCUCAUCAUUGGAAUAUUUUCUAUGAACCUCUAUACCUCUUAUAUACUCAUAGGCCAUUGGUCUCUUGGAAGCCUGGCUUGUGACCUGUGGCUAGCACUGGAUUAUGUAGCUAGCAAUGCCUCAGUCAUGAACCUCUUAGUCAUCAGCUUUGACAGAUAUUUUUCCAUCACAAGGCCUUUGACAUACAGGGCUAAACGCACACCCAAAAGAGCUGGCAUCAUGAUUGGCCUGGCUUGGCUAAUCUCCUUCAUUCUAUGGGCACCUGUAAUACUAUGCUGGCAGUAUUUUGUGGGUGAACGAACAGUACCCCCUGAGGAAUGCCAGAUACAGUUUUUAUACGAGCCUAUUAUCACCUUUGGUACUGCAAUUGCUGCUUUUUACAUUCCAGUGUCAGUGAUGACCAUUUUAUAUUGCCGCAUCUAUAAAGAGACUGAGAAACGUACCAAGGACCUCGCUGAACUUCAGGGCUCUGAGUCUGUGGCCGAAUUUGAGACGAUAAAGCCUCGGAAAGCCUUCCUGAAGUCUUGCUUCAGUUGUAAGCAACAAAACUUAGUCAAAAGGGAGAGAUGUCAGGCUUCCUGGUCUUCAUCCAGUCGAAGUACAUCAGCUACAGUGAAGGCAUCCCAGGCAGCGAGCACGUGCACUGAGUGGGCUAAGGCUGACCAACUGACCACCUGCAGCAGCUAUGCAUCAUCAGAAGAAGAGGACAAACUUGCCACUGAUCCUGUUUUUCAGGUAGCUUACAGGAGCCCAUCUAAAGGUAAGGAAGAAGAGUUUAAUGAAAGGGAAAGUCAGGAUAUUGUUGUCAAAGAGCAACCUGAAGAAAAUGAUUUUGAGACCCAGCAAUACUUUUUAUCACCUGCCAUCGGCCAAAAAAGUAAAAAAUGUGUGGCCUACAAAUUCCGCUUGGUGGUUAAGGCUGAUGGCACUCAGGAAGCCAACAAUGGUUGCCGUAAGGUAAAAAUAACUCCUUGUUCUGCUGCUCUGUCGAAGGAUCCUUCCAUCAAAAGCAUGGAUCCAAAUAUAAAUAACCAAAUCACCAAAAGGAAAAGGAUGGUUCUUAUAAAAGAACGUAAAGCAGCACAGACUUUAAGUGCCAUUCUUUUGGCUUUUAUCAUCACAUGGACUCCCUACAAUAUAAUGGUUUUGAUCUCCACAUUCUGCUCUGACUGCAUUCCCCUGACAUGGUGGCACCUUGGAUAUUGGCUAUGCUAUGUGAACAGCACUGUUAACCCCAUGUGCUAUGCUCUCUGUAACAAAACUUUCAGGAAAACUUUUAAGAUGCUGCUUUUCUGCCAGUGGAAAAAGAAAAAAGUGGAAGAGAAACUAUACUGGCAGGGCAACACUCGAAUGCCAUAA